GCAAACGGAAAGACGAAAAACCAAAACCCAGCACCAGCAGAGCAGAGCUGAGCACGCACACCCCCAACAGUUCAUGCCAAACCCACCGCGCUGCUUGCCCAUGCCGUGCCAGGUGAUCCAAAGCGUGCGUGCAUUACACCCCGCUACACACGUCCUGUGCCAACAGAAUUUGGAGCUUUGAUUUGCAACAUCUGAAAAAUCUUGAAGUGGUCAGUUCCCCUGCCUCUUUGCGUUACGCAUCCAGCGCCAACCAGAAUUUGGAGUUUUGUUUACCAGAAGGAGAACUGAAUUUGGAAUUCAGGAACGAGAGAGAUGCUUGAAUUGAAUGGUUCAUGGUUGGAUUGAAAUCCAUGGCGAUGGAGGUCGGGGGAGAGAGAGAGAGAGAUAUCACGGGAGCCCCACUGCCCUGAAGGCUGAAGCCCCCCGCACGGGAGGGACCCUCGUCCCAUCCAAAGCGGCCGAAGCCGCCCUCCCCGUCCAACCCCACCCACCCGCGCUCUGCUCCGCUGCUCACCUCAGCUCAUCUAGUAUUUGUCAUUGAUGGCUGCAACGCCACCCCCACCACGACCUUGUCCUCUCUGCUCCGCUCUCAGUCCCCUCUCAUCCUCUCCUCAAAAGGCUCCCCCCCGAAAAGAGUCUUUUUUUGAGCGUUGGGAGUCAAGGAGGGAGUAGUUGCGCUUGGAGCUGAGUGACUCAGCGAGUGAGUGAGCACAGGAUUCGACUGAGCUCUGUGCCACUGCGCUGCGCCGGCGCGCGCCAUGGAGUCCUUCAGCUUCCUCAAGUACCUGCGCGGCGGCGUGGUCGCCGGCGCCCAGCGCGCGCCCGUGGCCGCCACGACCAUAGCCGCGUCGGCGUGCGAAGACGGCGGCGGCGGAGGAGGUGGCGCUUGCGGCGGCGGGGACGUCGAGGACGACGCGUCCUUCUUCGACCUGGAGUUCGCGGUGCCCGGCGACGAGAGCGCCGCGUCCGACGCGGAGGAAGAGCGGGUGGAGUUCAACUUCGCCGUGGCCGGCGAGGACGUGGCGUCCGGCGGGGGCGAGGUGGUGGCCGUCGACGCGGUGGCCGCGCCGACAGGCGCGGAGACGGGCGACGGCAAGGACGGCAAGGAGGCGGAGGCGGCCGAGGCUGCGCCGGCCCCGCCGCCGGCGUCGCUGCUCCGGCCGGCCACCAAGUUCCGCGUGCUGCUGCUGAAGCUGAGGAAGCCCAAGGUCGCCGUCCCGGCGGAGGGCAACGGCGGCGCGGCGGCGCCGAAGCAGACGAGCCGGUUCCUGAUAAAGUUCCGGGUGGACGACGCGCCCCUGGCGUCGCUGUUCACGCGCGACAACAGCUCGCGCACCUCCGACGCCGGCGCCUGCGCGGACCGGCCCGCCGCGGCGGCCCAGCAUCCCCAGGACGCGUCCGCGGCGAUCACCGCCGAGGAGCGGCGGUUCGCGAAGGAGGUGGUGCUCAAGUACCUGAGCAAGAUCAAGCCGCUGUACGUGAAGGUCUCCCGGCGCUACGGCGAGCGCCUCAGAUUCGCGGGCGCGAGCGAGGGCGAGGAGACGGACGCCGAGCCCGACCUCCCCGCCCCGUUCCCCUCCCCGGCCCCGUCGUCUCAGCCCCCAGCGGCGGCCACCGCGCCGCAGCCGGUGGUGGUGGCCUGCGGCGUGCGCGCGCCCCGCGCGGGCGUCCCCGCCGGGCUGAAGCAGGUGUGCAAGCGCCUGGGCAAGAGCCGUUCGGCGUCGUCCGCCGUGGCCGCGGCGCCCUCGCCGCCGCCGCCUUCCCCCGGGGCCCCGCAGCGGCGGGACGACUCGCUGCUGCAGCUGCAGGACGGCAUCCAGAGCGCCAUCGCCCACUGCAAGCGCUCCUUCAACGCGUCCAAAGGGUCGGAGUCGCCGCUGCUGCGGACCGUGACGGCGGGCGAGGGGCCGGGCGGCGGCCGGGCGGCCGACAGCAGCGACGGCGGCGACGGCGCGUGAUUCCGGUGAUCCAAGGACUCGAGCAACGGUGAUCGCCGUACUCUAGUAGUAUUAGCGUAGUAAGUAGAUGGUAGUAGCGGUGGUGUUGGCGCCGGAUUAAACAAAGGCGUGGUGUGCAUGGGUGUGCAGUGUGCUUGGUGUGGCUUGUCCUGACGUGGCCGAAAGAUUUUGUCUUUAGGGCCGCGCUGAGCUCCUAGUAGCAGCGUGUACCUGCUUUGCAUGACCUCGCCGUCUAGUUGGAUGGAUGAUACUGGUGUGGUGCCUGUCUCUCAGCAGCAGUGGCAUGCAAUCCGUGUGUAAAAAAUGUAUAAUGGCCGUCGCCCAUGCGAAGUCGCUUUCUGUUCUA